UGGAGCACCAUUAAUCCCAUGGACACCAAUGACCCUGCAUUCACUAUAUCCGUUCUCCCCGGACCCUGCGUUCACUAUAUUCGCUCUCUCCAGACCUUGUAUUCACUAUAUCUGGUCUCCCUGGACCCUGCAUUCACUAUAUCUGCUCUCCCCGGACCCUGCAUUCACUAUAUCCACUCUCCCCGGACCCCGCAUUCACUAUAUCUAGUCUCCCCGGACCCUGCAUUCACUAUAUCCGCUCUCCCCGGACCCUGCAUUCACUAUAUCCGCUCUCCCCGGACCCUGCAUUCGCUAUAUCCGGUCUCCCCGGACCCUGCAUUCACUAUAUCUGGUCUCCCCGGACCC